AUGGCGUGUCUGCCGACCCCAGCGGAUGCGUCGCUCAGCAGCCUGCUGCGUCGCGACCCGGACUUUUCACGCUUCUCGUGCGGCCUCUCGAGCAGCGGCGCCGGACAGCGAUCUGGCUGUGCCUUGCUGGACGGACGACUGCGCUGCCGCCCAAACUUCCUUGUGAUUGGUGUCACCAAGGCGGGCACGACGGCACUCUACCGCUACCUCCGCCAGCACCCGCGCGUCGGCGCGUCGGCCGUCAAGGAGCCCGCCUACUUUGGGUCCAGCAACGCGACGACGCUCUCUCUGCGCGCCUACCUCGCCCUCUUCCCGGCGUGCGAGGCGUGCGCGCGCGGCGAGGCGACGCCAUCUUAUGCGUGGCGCAACUCUGCGCCCGCAGCGGCGCUCGCCGCCAGCCAGCUCCUCGGGCGAGCCGCACGGCUGCUGAUGCUCGUCCGGGAGCCAGUGGAGCGAGCCGCCUCGCACUACUCCUACUUUCGGCGCCGGCGGUUCGGCGCCGCGCGCAAUCUGUCAUCUGCACUCACCGCCGCCCUCGACGAGUUCUCCCUCUGCGCAGCGCAGCUCGGCGGCCUGUGGGAUAGACGGUGCACGUACCGGCCAGGCCGCCGCGCUGCCGCGCUCGAGGCUGCGGCGAGGACUGGCACAGGCACCGUCGUGCUGCCGACACUUCGUCACCUGGCACGCGGUCGAAAGGAGUAUGAGCUCGUCCAGGCGGGCCUGUACGCCGAGCACCUGAUCACCUGGAGGCGCCGCUUCGACGCAGGCUCGCUGCUCGUGCUCGAGGCGAGCGGGCUGUGGUCGGACCCACUGGCAUCGCUCCGACGAGUAGAGGCGCACCUUGGCCUCCCCGCCUUCGAGGGGUACGCCCUCUUGCGGGCUCACACCCUCCCCGCCGAGGCGCGGGAGGCGCAGGCUGCCGCCAGGCUGCCGCGAGGGCGCCCCGCCGGAUUUGUUCCGGUGGCGCCAGGGGUGGUCCGGAGGCAGGCCUGGGUGAAGGCGAGUGGGAGCGCGGAGGCGGAGCCACUCGAGACACUCCUCCUGGGGAGGCUGAGGUCCUUUUUCCAGCCGCACAACGCGAGGCUGGCGGCGAUGACGGGCGUCCGGCUGGUGACGUGA